GAGGAGAGGGAGGAGGAGAAUGAGAGGAAGGAGGCAGAGAGAGUGAAGGAGAAAAGAAAGAGCAAAAAGUGGUGGCGGAGGUUGAGCUCUUUCUUCAGAGCUGCCAAAAAACACCCAGAGAGCAGCUUAGGUCAGCGAGAGCAGCAGCAGCAGCAGGAUGAGGGACAGAAAAAGAAGAUGGCAUGGGCAGGAAAAAAUAGUGAUGACUACAUCUUCAGUCGCUAAACCAUUGGUGAUCAGCUGGGGAAAGGUGGUUUUGGUGUUGUAUAUGAGGGCAGGCGUUUAAAUGAUGAUCUUAAAGUGGCUUUGAAAUAUAUGACGAAGACCCAGCACACGGAAUGUAUAUUCAUUCCUGAUCAUCCAAAACCUCUUCCGAAAGAGAUCGCCCUUACCAUCCUCGCAAACAAAGGUCCCAGUGUGCCAGAGAUAAUCAGGCUGCUGGACUGGACGGACCACCCUGACCACUUCGUCAUGGUCCUCGAAUGUCCCUCUCCCUGUGAGAAUCUCGUGGAGUUCAUCAGGCGUCACGCUGGAAGCCUUGAUGAAGAAAUAACACGGCAGAUCAUGUGGCAGGCGGCUCAAGCCGCAAACAGGUGCCACCUCCGCAGAGUUUUCCACCGUGACAUCAAACUAGAGAACAUCCUAGUAAACAGGGAGACAUCAGAAGUCAGUCUGAUUGACUUCGGAUGCGGGGAUAUUUUGAGGAGGACACCGUACAGGUCAUACUGUGGCACAGCAGUGUACUCCCCUCCAGAGUACCACAGCAGGGGGAAGUACUACGGCGGGCCGGCGACAGUCUGGUCACUAGGGAUUGUGAUGUUCACAAUGGUUCAAAUCCGGCCUGUCAAAAGGUGA